GGAAAGCUGUGAGAUGAGAAAACAGGAUGGCUGUUUGAAGAGCUUCGGUCGAUUUAUUAAGGUUUGUAGGUGCAGAAAAAGAGGAUGGAAAUGGAAUUGCCAAAUCAUGCCAAACAAUUGCUGCUGCAGCUGAACCAACAAAGAGCCAAAGGUUAUCUAUGUGAUGUCAUUAUAGUAGUAGAAAAUGCCCUCUUCCGGGCACACAAAAACAUCCUGGCAGCCAGCAGUAUCUACUUCAAGUCCCUUAUCCUUCACGACAACUUAAUUAACCUCGACACAGAUAUGGUCAACCCGUCGAUAUUUCGGCAGGUACUGGACUUUAUUUAUACAGGCAAGCUUUUGUCAUCAGAUCAGGUCAGUGACCACAAUUUUAAUGCCCUCCUGACGGCAGCAAGCUACCUCCAACUGCAUGACCUGGCUGCUCUCUGCAGAAAGAAGCUGAAACGCAAUGGAAGAUCCCUCCACAACAAACCUACAACCCCUACCAAUGGAAGAACUUCCAGGAACCAAAGGUUGUCCUCUACACCCGUCACCCCAAACCAAAUUUCAGGGUUUAAAGAUAGUGAAAAAACGAAGAGGCAAGAGGAGGUACUUAAAGACGAGUUAUCGGAGGAAGAGGUUUUUGCCGGGAAUGCCCAUUGUGCAACCUCGGCUAAUUCUCUCAGUCCUUCUACCAGUAAGAAUGGGAGCAAUGGCCCCAUUAAUAGCAGUGGUGGCCUCCUGGAGCUUGGCCUAGAUCUCUCCAAGAAAAGCCCUUCAGGGAGCACAGCCACUGAAGAAGUCAGUCCAAGCAGCAUCCCACAAGAAUCACCUCAGUCUGCCUCAGAAUCCACAGCCAAUAGUGCCUCGUUCGAUGAAAUAACCACCAAUCCACAGAACCUCACCGGUGGUGAGCCUAUGGAUAUAGGUGAAGGGGGGGAAUGUGAAGAGAGCCAGCACCCUCCAGAUCCUGACCCUGUCAAAUGCUCCCGUCAGACAUCACGACCAAGGCGGCAAGCUAAGGGCAAGAGCCAGAAAGGUGAAGAUGCAGAGCGAGCCAGUUUGCCCAAUGGUGUCGCCAAGAGGCUGAAUGUGGCAGGUGGGGGAAAGGUCAACUCUGAUCUGUCCUUCCAGUGUAAAGAGGAAGAUGAAGGCCUGGAGAACGGCCAGGAACAGAGUGAGGAAAGCGGGCAGAGUGAGAGCGAAGGUGGCCGCAACAGCGCCAACUAUGUGUACCGCCAGGAGGGGUUUGAGCCUGCUCUUGGUGACAACCUUUAUGUGUGCAUUCCCUGUGGUAAAGGCUUUCCCAGCUCAGAAGAACUGAACGCUCAUGUAGAAACCCACACUGAAGAAGAGCUGUACAUCAAAGAGGAGGAGGAUGAUGGCUAUCCAAAGGAAGAUGAGGCUGAGGCCGAGGACUUGUCAUCCCAGACCGUGCAAGCGCAUGGCACAGAGUCACGUCGCUUUUGCUGCACGGUGUGCAAUAAGAGCUACAAGGAUCCGGCCACACUGCGGCAGCAUGAGAAGACCCACUGGCUCACGCGACCCUUCCCCUGCAACAUCUGCGGCAAGAUGUUUACCCAGCGUGGCACCAUGACACGCCACAUGCGCAGCCACCUGGGCCUGAAGCCCUUUGCCUGUGAGGAGUGCGGCAUGCGCUUUACACGACAGUACCGCCUCACGGAGCACAUGCGGGUCCACUCGGGGGAGAAGCCCUAUGAAUGUCAGCUUUGUGGCGGCAAGUUCACCCAGCAGCGCAACCUCAUCAGCCACUUGCGAAUGCAUACUUCCCCAUCAUAAGCCAAAGACGCUCUGGACAGGAGAAUCUUCUUCAGCAAAAAGAUUUCAAUACAACGCACACCUCUUUUCUGUGAAGAUGAUGGCUAUGACUGGGCGACCCCAAAGGAAGUUUCGCUCCUGCCUUGACUAACAGGAGUAGUAGUUCAAAACAUGAAAGCCCUAAUGGUUGAAAGGGCAACCUUCCUCAAAUAUUGGUAUGUCAAUUUUUUUGGUUUGUUUUUUGUUCUUUUAUUUUUUUUAUUGCUCUUUAUUGCUCUGAAUGUAUAAUUGGGGUACUGAUGCUGUUUCAAGAUUCCUUGGGAUUACCAGACCACUACAAACCAGUCUUUGCACUGGUUUCAUGUCUUGGUCCACUUCAAAUAAUUGUCUUUUGGCUGUCCCAAGAAUACACCACUUCUCCUUCUUUGGUCUUUCGAAUAAGGGGUUCAGUAAUCUGAAAAUACAUCACAGAAUGUUUUAAUAUGACUGUAUCCUAAAAUUUCAUUUGAUUUCAAAAGAUUUAAAGUUAUUGAAUAUGAUACAUGAGGGUUUUUAAGAGUUUCAAAGAAAGUGUUGCAAGGCAUGAAAAGUGCUGUCUGUGGUGGUGUUUCAUAAAAGCUUUGUGCAGUCAACCAAACAAAUUUGCAAGAUUUUACUCUGUACCAUGUGCCCUUUGGCUAUUCCUAGUUGUAGAUAUGAAGCAGGGUCCAACAAAGCUUUCGUUCUACAGUAUCUUGAGGUAUUUUGGGACAUGUGCGCAAAUUCCUCAAUUUGAUACAGCUUCAGUUAUAAUUGCUGCAUGAACCAAUAGAUAUGUGGUGGCUUUGUAGUAGCCUUUAAGAUGAAUGAUGGAUGAAUGAUGGGCCACUCACUUAUUAGGCAGGUGCAGUCAAAUAUAUCUGCCAUGUGUGGUCAUAGGUGUCCAUUUAAGCUGUAUCGUUUACUCAUAUAGUAUACAGGGGUUUACUCUCAAAGAAAAGCCAAAAUGAACGGUACUUGUUUUAUAGAUAACUUAUUGUUAUACUUCUGUGAAUAUUUAAACUGGAAGUCCUUUUGAUAUUUCUUUGGGGUGAGACAGAAAGGUGAGGUG